AUGGACGUUCUUAAGAUAACUUUCAGGACUCUGUAUGGUCACUAUGAGUUCCUUGUAAUACCCUUUGGUCUCACGAAUGGUCUGGUAGCCUUUAUGGACCUAAUGAAUCAGGAUAUUUUUGGAACAGUUUUCUUUGAUUGCAACUCCAAUGUCCAAGAAGUUGAGGAAAAGUGCACCUUUCAAGUAGACUGUAGAGCAGUAAGAGAGUUUGAAAAGCUUAAGUCCGUGUUGACUCAAGCACCUGUUCUAAUUCAGCCAGGGUUCGAGAAGGAUUAUGUAGUGUAUAGUGAUCCAUCUCAUAACAGUCUAGGCUGUGUUUUGAUUCAAGACGAUAAGGUUGCGGCCUACACCUCGGGACAGCUUAAGCCUCAAGAGCGUAACUAUCAUUUGAAAGUGAAAGAGAUGGACAUUCCUAAGAUAGCUUUCAGGACUCGGUAUGGUCUCUACGAGUUCCUUGUGAUGCCCUUGGAUAUUUUUGGAACAGUUUUCUUUGAUUGCAACUCCAAUGUCCAAGAAGUUGAGGAAAAGUGCACCUUUCAAGUAGACUAUAGAGCAGCAAGAGAGUUUGAAAAGCUUAAUUCUGUGUUGACUCAAGCACCUGUUCUUAUUAAGCUAGGGUCCGAGAAGGAUUAUGUUGUGUAUAGUGAUCCAUCUCAUAACGGUCUAGGUUGUGUUUUGAUUCAAGACGGUAAGGUUGCGGCCUACAUCUCGGGACAGCUUAAGCCUCAAGAGCGUAACUAUAGUUUGAAAGUGAAAGAGAUGGACAUUCCUAAGAUAGCUUUUAGGACUUGGUAUGGUCACUACGAGUUUCUUGUGAUGCCCUUUGGUCUUACGAAUGCUCCGGUGGGCUUUAUGGACCUAAUGAAUCUGGUAUUUCAGCCAUACCUUGAUCAAUUUGUUGUGGUCUUCAUUAGCAACAUCUUAAUGUAUUCCAUGUCUAGAGAAGAACAUGAUGAACAUAUGAGAGUGGUUUUGAAGAUUCUCUGA